AUGGCGGACGAGGCAGCCGAACCUGUCCCCCAAUUUGGCUUCAAGAAGCGUUCCAAGGGAAAGGCGAAUUUCCGCAAGAAGCCCGCAACACCCCCACCGGCCUCCGAUUCUGACUCUGGCUUUACUUCCUCCGACGAUGAAGAAGGGCAGCGCAUCAAGAGACGACGCAAGAAUGUUGCAGUAACCGCCUCCUCCAAUACCACCAAGCGGAAUGUGGCCGAACAGCCUUCCAGCGUGGGCCCAGCUCCCAUAACAUCCAGCAAUGACGCAACAAAAUCUUCAGACUGGUACGAUGAGGAUCUCAGCGCAAGUAACCUUCUAGGGUCAACUAGAUUACGCCCGCAACCUUCUACCGACUCGGCACCUGAUGGAACAUACAAGGGAACCGCCAACUACACCUCAUUCAUCCAAAAGAAUCCCGAUGGGCCAUCCAAAAAGUUCGGCCCCAUCAAGGCCCCUCCUUCAAAUGUCCGAACUGUGACCGUUAUGGAUUACGCCCCAGAUGUCUGCAAGGACUGGAAGCAAACCGGAUACUGUGGUUUCGGAGACUCCUGCAAGUUCUUACAUUCGCGCGAAGUAUAUGCGCAAGGAUGGGAGUUGGACCGGGAUUGGGAAAUUGGGACGAAAGGCAAAACUCUGAAGGGCAAGGUUGUGUCGCAGCGGGGAGAGGGAGAGAAGGAAGACGAUGAGGAUGAAGAUGAGAUGCUGGAGAAAAUCCCAUUCGCCUGCAUCAUCUGUGAAAAGCCCUACCAGCACCCCAUCGUUACAAAAUGUGGGCAUUAUUUCUGCGAGUCCUGUGCGCUGCAACGAUACCGAAAGAACCCAUCCUGUGCAGCAUGUGGGGCAGGUACUGGUGGUGUGUUCAACGUUGCCAAGAAGCUCAAUGCGUUGCUUGAGAAAAAGCGAGAGCGGGCGCGGAAGUUACGGGAGAAGGCGAUUGAAGAUGGGGAAGAGGUUGAUGAAGAAGACAAAAACAAAAGCUGA